AUGCAGAACGAACAGCUAAACGAAUUUACUCCAGCAGAGCAUAUUCAUCAGAUUCGCUCAUAUUUCGAUAUCAUAGACAAUGCAGUUCAAAUUGGUGACACUAAUAGAAAAUAUUCUGACGCAAAGAUUCCAUCACAACCUGGAACUGCUAAAGAUAACACAUGGGUAACAUUCAAUCUCUCACCUCCUGGUGAAAAUAUGUUGGACCUUUACAAUACAUUCAUUACGUAUAAAAUGGAAGGUCAAUUUAUUGUAGAUAAAGAAAUUGGUUCAGGUUCCAAUAAAACAAACCCACCAGGAUUUUGGAUUGGUUUCGAUGACGCUUUCUAUGCAGUUGCUGGAUAUCAAAUCCUUGCAAAUGGUCGUAUCGUAUAUUCUCAAGACAACGCAAGAGAAGAAGCAUAUAUAACUUCAAACUCACAAACUACCGAACAAAUAAAGAAAGUAGAUGUUUUCUCAAAGACUCGACAUGAAGAUGUAUGGAGUCAUUCGGGAACAUGCAGAACAGGACAAAUUGUUAGUGGUCCAAUUACAGCAGGAAAAUCAUUUGAUUUUAAGCUUCGUUUAAGAAUUCCUGUUAGAAAUUUUCCAUUAGAAGCUAUUCGAUUUAUUCCAGCUUUUGCAGGAAACAUUCAGCUUAAAGUAAAGUUCAGUAGCGACGCCUUACAAUGCACAUCUAUAUCUGUAAAUGAUAUCAUUGCUUUCAAUCCAACUCUUAAAGUUGCAUUUGCUUCAGAUUCAAAUCCACCGACAAAUAAAUUUGUUCCAUGGAAUGAACCAUUCACUAUGAUAACGAAGGCAGUAGAAGCUAGUGGAACAGUUACUAUUACAACUGUAACCCAGCAACUAUUUCGAACAAAGAUGGAUUUUAAUGAAUGUUUCAUUCAUCCAAAGUCAUUCUCUUUAGACCCUAACAUUUAUACAGAACUUGUAGAACAUUAUACAAACGAGGCUUUAUGUUUUCCUGUUAAAGUUAUGGAUUGGAUUCCUAUGGACGGUUCAUUCUCAAAGAAUACAGAUAGUUCAAGUGCAACAUUUACAGCAGCUUAUACGCCUAUUAAUGUUAAAAGUAUUUGGGCACUAUUUAGAAAGAAAGACAACUAUUAUGUUAAUUUUGAGAACCCUAAGUUUAAAUAUCUUCAGCUUUCCAUGGGAGCUUAUGGAAAUAUGCCUGCAGAACCUGAAAAAUCAUAUGGACCUGUAUUUUAUGAAAUGGUUGCGAACGCUUGCAAUACAAACAAUGAUAUGAUUGGAUUUAAUGAAGAUGUUAUGAGGUCAUUGGUGGAUGAUGGUAGUGUGGAACAUAAAUGGGAUAGCUAUGACAACACACAUUUCUUAUGUGGUUUUCCAACAGAAGUGGACUUUUGCUUCCAGCAAGGUCAAACAUCUACUGCUCCAAUAACAUACAAAUUGUCUGUUAAAGGACCUAUUGAACUAGCAACUGAAAAUGUACCAAAGCCACUUAUUGGAUUUAUGAGGGAUUGUUGCUUUGCCAUUCAGGUGCGUGCUAAUGGCAUCCCAUAA